AAAUUACAGGCCAGAAAAGAAAUGGUGAAGUCACCGAAACAUCGUUCGUCUUCCAAUAAAAAGUCACCCAGCAAAAAUUCCCAAAGUAAGGAUUCCAGUCUGGCACGUACUCAAUCCCGGAAAACGUCACGUUCCCGUAGUCGUAGCCGCAGUACCCAUGGUACACCGCGUUCACGUUCCAGUUCUCGCGGUCGUCGUUCGUCUUCGAAAAAGAAGACUGUUUCUCCAGUAGUCAAGAGAUUGGACGAUUCAGUAGCGGACAUCAAGAAAGUUAUUCCUUUAUACCGGAGUUCGAAAAAUGACUCGAGUUACAAAAUCUUUCCAUUUUCGGAUAAAGGAGUACGACGACGUCCCCUGACUGUGAGCUUACUAAAACCGAUAAAUGUGAACAACUUGAAGGUCAAAGGGAUAAAGUUUAAGCAACAUAUCUUUGUUCACUGUAAGCGGUUCUCACGUUACUAUGUAAUCUUGUCGAUGCUUGGAUUAAUCGCCGUGGGAAUCUUUUACACGGGAUAUACCGUUGAUCAGAUGGCGAAAUAUGUUCGUGAACCUAUCGACAUUAUGACGGCAUAUGUUCAAAGACGCGCUUAAGGAAGACGUGUGGUACUGUUGGUAUCUGUAGAGGGCUUGGUAAUUUAGCCUAAUUAUCAUGUGCUGCAGACCGACUCUCCGUCCAUUAAAAACCCAAUGACAGAAGAUAUUUUGAGGUUUCAGUAGUUUUCAAGGCGUUUUAUUAUUGAAAAAUG